CGCCGCCUCCUCCUCCCCUGCGCGCUUUGUACUGCCGAGGGAGGGAAGAUGGCGGCGCGGGCGGGUUUCCAGGCUGUCGCUCCGAGCAGCGGCGGCAAUACCGGCGGCGGCGGCGGCGGCCCGGGGGCGGGACCGUUGGGGCCUGGAGCCGCGGGGCCUCCCGUGCGGAUGGGGCCGGCCCCGGGGCAAGGGAUGUACCGCUCUCCUCUGCCCGGAGCCGCCUACCCGCGCCCUGGCAUGCUGCCUGGCAGCCGCAUGAACCCUCAGGGACCUGCAAUGGGACCUCCAGGGUAUGGAGGGAGUCCUUCAGUCCGACCUGGGAUGGCUCAGUCAGGAAUGGACCAGUCUCGUAAAAGGCCAGCCCCUCAGCAGAUCCAGCAAGUUCAGCAACAGUCGGUUCAGAACCGUAAUCAUAAUGCCAAGAAGAAGAAGAUGGCAGAUAAGAUUCUACCUCAGCGGAUCCGGGAACUAGUACCGGAAUCUCAGGCAUAUAUGGAUUUGUUGGCCUUUGAGAGGAAGCUGGACCAGACCAUCAUGAGGAAGCGGUUGGAUAUCCAGGAGGCGUUAAAACGGCCCAUUAAGCAAAAGCGGAAGCUACGAAUUUUUAUCUCUAACACUUUCAACCCAGCCAAGUCGGAUGCAGAGGAUGGGGAAGGUACUGUGGCCUCCUGGGAGCUUAGAGUGGAAGGACGGCUAUUAGAAGAUUCUGCACUCUCCAAGUAUGAUGCUACCAAGCAGAAGAGGAAGUUCUCAUCCUUCUUCAAGUCUCUGGUGAUUGAGUUGGACAAGGACCUCUAUGGCCCAGACAAUCACCUGGUGGAGUGGCAUAGGACUGCUACCACCCAGGAGACUGAUGGUUUCCAGGUGAAAAGACCUGGGGAUGUGAAUGUGCGCUGUACGGUCCUCCUGAUGUUGGACUACCAGCCUCCACAGUUCAAACUGGACCCACGUUUGGCUCGCCUCUUGGGGAUCCAUACACAGACACGUCCGGUGAUAAUUCAGGCACUGUGGCAAUACAUUAAGACCCACAAGUUGCAAGACCCCCAUGAACGGGAGUAUGUUAUUUGUGACAAGUACCUCCAACAGAUAUUUGAAUCUCCCCGAAUGAAGUUCUCGGAGAUCCCCCAGCGGCUUCAUGCGUUACUUAUGCCUCCCGAACCAAUCAUCAUCAACCAUGUCAUCAGCGUUGAUCCAAAUGAUCAGAAGAAAACUGCCUGCUAUGAUAUUGAUGUGGAAGUGGAUGAUACCUUGAAAACCCAAAUGAAUUCUUUCCUGCUCUCCACAGCUAGCCAGCAAGAAAUAGCUGCAUUGGAUAACAAGAUCCAUGAGACCAUAGAAACCAUUAACCAGCUGAAGACCCAGCGGGAGUUCAUGCUGAGCUUUGCCAGAGACCCCCAGGGCUUCAUCAAUGACUGGCUGCAGUCCCAGUGCCGGGACCUGAAGGCUAUGACGGACGUUGUCGGAAAUCCGGAAGAGGAGCGCCGAGCUGAAUUCUACUUCCAGCCAUGGGCUCAAGAAGCUGUGUGCAGAUACUUCUACUCAAAGGUUCAGCAGAGACGGCAAGAAUUGGAACAGGCUCUGGGAAUCCGGAACACAUAGACAGGCCUGCCUCUCCCUCGCCAUCAGAUCUUUUGGCUACCAAACACUGCAGGGAUUCACUGCUCAGGCCUAUACAAUUCCCACUCCAGCACAGAACCUACCACUACUUCCCACCCUGAAAUCAUCUUUCUGCUGCUCCAAUCCUCUCCUUGGAGGGGAGGGUGAAGUUGACAGCCAGGCCAAAGCUCUUGCAUUGCUGCCUGGUCCUCUUUCCUUGAUUGUUGCCUUCUCUUGAGCCCGACGGCUCUCCUGUCCUGGCUCCAACUGAAGCUCUUCCACAUUUAGGACAGUUUCAGUUGAGAGUCUUGCUAGCUCAGGAUCUUCUUGCCAGCCCCUCAGGCCCUAUUCUCCAACCUCACCUCCAAAGCUGUGGGCUGGACAGCUUUUCUGAAUCUCAGUUCUGGAUUUUGUCAGGUGGGCACAGGUCUGGGCCUCUUGAGGUUUCUGCAGGGUUAGGGGAAAGAGCAAAUCUUAUAUGACUUCUGGCCUUUGAGUGGAUUAGGCAGAUUCAUCUGUUAGGAGAGAAUUGAAUAUCUCACUCUUUCCCUCCCUCUCCCCCACUUCCUCUCUAUUUGGCUUGCUCUUUCUGGAAACUACAGUGCAGCGAAGUUGGCAAGGAGCCUGCAGGGUUGCAGCAGACAUACCUGUCCUACAUUUUAGUGUCUUUUUACUGACAUGGUUAGAGAAGCUACCAGCUAGGGUACUGGGCCUACUCCCAGUAAUUUAAAAUCAAGGCCCAGGAAAGCAGACACAUCUUCAUUACAUCCCCAAAACUCCCUCACCCUCCUGCCUCCACCCCCAUCCUUUUGAUCCACAAAAGUCAGAAGAGUAUCUUCAAGCUAGAGUUGCUCUCCUUUUUACCAACAAGUUGGCACAGAACAGGUUUCUGGAGCAAAUUUUUAGAUGUGGGAAAGGAGACUUUUAGCAAGAUGAACUGCUCCCUUCUGACACACAUUUCUUGGUCUUGGGCACUUGCUGGAGGGAAGGAUAUAGCAGGAUGGAGCUGCAUCUUUUUCUGACUGAUUCUGGGAACGCUAAUGCAACUGGACUGGUCCCAGUUGCUUGUACUGACACUAGCUGCAAAAAUCAAGUUACUGACAACCCCUCCUUCCUCUUCCAUCUCUGGAAUUGAAGUAAGGGACUGCUAUGAAUUCAGGAGUCCAGACAACCCUAUCCCUUUGUGUGUACAUGUGUUCAAGUUAAGAGUGAGAGACUUGUUUUGUCUUUGCCAUAUGAAAGACCACCUCACCCCUGUUCCCCUCCCCUUCUCCCUCUUGCUUUGUGGUGCUGGGGAAUAGAACCCUGGUGCCUUACGUAGCUGCCACAGGCUCUCAGGGCAAGUAUAGAUGAAGGAAGCUCAGAGACUGUCUGGCUUGGCAAAGUGUAGCUGUUCUUAACUGCUCCCUCUUCUUACGCUUUAUGUUCUGUGGUUCUCUUUUUCUCCCUCCCCCCUUGGACCAAAUUUUUUUUGUACUGUAUCCUUUUAGAUGUCAUCCCAUUUUAAUAAAAGCUGCCUCUGAAUGAA